AUGGUUAACUUUACUGUCGCCCAGAUCCGCGAAGUUAUGAACAAGCGUCAUAACAUUCGUAACCUUUCCGUUAUUGCCCACGUCGAUCACGGCAAGUCCACCCUUACAGACUCUUUAAUUGCUCGUGCUGGUAUCAUUUCCCAGGAAAACGCUGGUGAAAUGCGUUUCACAGAUACACGCCCAGAUGAACAGGAGCGUUGCAUCACAAUCAAGUCCACAGGUGUUUCCCUUUACUACACAAUGCCAAAGGAAGACCUCCCAGAGGACAACGUAGACAAUGGUUUCCUUAUCAACCUUAUCGACUCUCCAGGACACAUCGACUUCUCCGCUGAAGUUACAGCAGCUCUUCGUGUUACAGAUGGCGCUCUCGUCGUCGUCGACUGCAUUGAAGGUGUUUGCGUCCAGACAGAAACAGUUCUUCGUCAGGCACUUUCUGAGCGUAUCAAACCAGUCGUUAUCAUCAACAAGAUCGACCGUUCCCUCCUCGAACUUAACGCUGAACCAGAAGAUAUGUACCAGACAUACACAAAGUCAAUCGAUAUGGUCAAUGUUAUCAUCGCCACAUACACAGAUGAGAACGGCCCAAUGGGUGACAUUACAGUUUCCCCAGCUAAGGGCACAGUUGCCUUCGGCUCCGGUCUCCACUCCUUCGGCUUCACAGUCACAAAGUUCGCUAAGAUCUACGCCGCUCGUUUCGGUGUUCCAGUCCAGAAGCUUAUCCCACAGCUUUGGGGCGAGCGCUUCUACGAUCCAAUCUCAAAGUGCUUCAUCUCCCACGCUACAAACGAGAAGGGCCAGGCUCUCGAGCGUUCCUUCUGCCAGUUCAUCCUUAAGCCAAUCGUUUCUCUCUCACGUGCAAUCAUGAACGGCGAAAAGGACAAGUACACAGACAUGUUCAAGAAGCUCAAUGUUAAGCUUCACGAUGAUGAAAUCCACAAGGAAGGCCGUGAACUUCUUUCCGCUGUUUACCGCCGCUGGAUCCCAAUGUCUGAGGCUCUUCUUGAAAUGAUUGUCCUCCACCUUCCAUCCCCAGUUAAGGCUCAGGCUUACCGUGCUGAGACACUCUACACAGGCCCACUCGAUGAUGCUUGCGCUAAGGCUAUCCGCGCGUGCGAUCCAAAUGGCCCACUUAUGCUCUACGUCUCUAAGAUGGUUCCAACAACAGAUAAGGGUCGUUUCUACGCUUUCGGCCGUGUCUUCUCCGGCACAGUCGCUACAGGCCAGCGUGUCCGCGUUAUGGGCGCUAACUACAUCCCAGGAGGCAAGGAUGAUAUCCAUGUCACAAACAUCCAGCGUACAGUCCUCAUGAUGGGUCGUAAGGUCGAGAACCUCCAGGACUGCCCAUGCGGCAACACAAUCGGUCUUGUCGGUAUCGAUCAGUACCUCGUCAAGUCCGGCACAAUUUCCGAUCACGAUGAUGCUUGCCCAAUCAAGGCCAUGAAGUUCUCCGUUUCUCCAGUCGUUCGUGUCGCUGUCGAACCAAAGAUCGCUCAGGAUCUUCCAAAGCUUGUCGAAGGCCUCAACCGUCUCGCCAAGUCCGAUCCAUGCGUCCAGGUCACACACGAAGAAACAGGCGAACACAUCAUCGCUGGUGCUGGUGAACUUCACCUUGAAAUCUGCCUUAAGGAUCUUGAAGAAGACUUCGCUGGUGUCCCAAUCACACGCUCACCACCAGUCGUUUCCUUCAGAGAAACAGUCCAGAAGCUCUCAUCCUGCGUCUGCAUGUCCAAGUCUGCUAACAAGCUCAACCGUCUCAUGUGCCAGGCUGAACCAAUCGCUGACAACCUUCUUAAGGCUAUCGAAGCUGGUGAUGUCAACCCACGUAUGGAUGUCAAGACACGUGCUAAGAUCCUCCAGAACGACUUCGGUUGGGAACAGAACGAUGCCCGCCGUGUCUGGUCUUUCGGCCCAGAUUCCAGUGGUCCAAACCUUCUUGUCGAUACAACAAAGUCCGCUGAAUACCUUCAGGAAGUUAAGGAGCACUUCAUCUCCUCCUUCCAGUGGGCUACAAAGCUCGGUGUUCUCGCUGAAGAACCACUCCGUGGUGUCCGCUUCAACGUCGUCGAAGUCUUCCUUCACGCCGAUGCUGCUCACCGUAACGGUGGCCAGAUGGUCCCAACAGGCCGUCGUGUUCUCUACGCUUCUGAGUACACAGCUGAACCAACACUCGUCGAACCAGUUUACCUUUGCGAAAUCUCCGCUCCAAUCUCCGUCUGCGGUGGUGUUCACGCCAUCCUUUCCAAGCGCCGUGGCCGUGCUUUCGAUCAGACACAGCGUGAUGGCACCCCACUCAUGAACAUCAAGGCUUACCUUCCAGUUAUGGAGUCUUUCGGCUUCGAUAAGGACCUUCGUGGUGCCACAUCCGGCCAGGCCUUCCCACAAAUGAUCUUCGACCACUGGGAACCACUCGAGGGUGAUCCAUUCCAUGCUGGUAACGGCCUCUACGAAGCUAUCAAGGUUGUCCGUAAGCGCAAGGGUCUUUCUGAGGAAGUUCCACCACUCGACCGCUACCUUGAUAAGCUCUAA